AUCGUCGAAGACCUGGAGAAGCAUUUGUAUGAUAUUCGUAUAGUGUUGUACGGGGAUACUGAGACGUUCCCGAACGCAGACGCUGUGACUCUCGUGGGAGCAGAGGUGUUUAAGGGGAAUUUCUUGGAACUUCUCAUUAGGAACAUUGGUUCCCUGUCUCUUGAUUCAAAACGGUAUGCGGUGCAUAUCAAUGCGAGCCUGCAAAAGAGGCAAAUUCAAAAUCGCAUGGUUGCGGGCGAGUACCUUAUGCAACACACGGACCUUGUGGACCUUCUCAUAAAAGGAUACGAGGAUCCAGUUCUGGCACUCUACUACGGCUUGAUACUUCGGGAAUGCAUUCGCCACCAAUCGGUUGCAAAGUACGUCUUGGAGAGCAAAGACUUUUUCAAGUUCUUCCACCAUGUCGAACUACCAAGUUUUGAAGUUUCUUCUGAUGCUGCUGCAACAUUUAGGGAGCUCUUGAUGCGACACAAGGCCACAGCAGCUGAUUUUGUAUUGAGGAAUUAUGCCAAGUUUUUUGAAGCGUACACCAAGUUGUUGCAGUCAUCUUCCUACAUUACGAGGCGUGUUGCAACCAAGCUUUUGGCAGACAUGCUUCUGGAUCGUGCCUAUGUCAUGGUGACCUUGAGAUUUGCGAGUGAUGUCAACAACCUGAUUGUAUCCAUGAACCUCCUGAGGGAUACAAGUAAAGUGAUUCAAGUUGAUGCGUUUCACAUCUUCAAGGUGAUUGUGGCCAACCUGAAGCAGCCACAAGAUGUUCAGCUGAUCCUUCUUAAGAACAAAGAUAAGCUGCUUCGUUUCCUGCCAGCCCUGACACUUGAGAAAGGAACAGAAGCAG